AUGAAUUGUUAUAUUUUAUUUUUUACUUCUAUAAUAUUUCGUAUAGCUAUAGUUUCUGCUGAAAGUGAAUCCGAAAGGUUCAAUGCUAUUCUCAGUGAUCCGAAAGAAACAAAACGUUUUUUUGGGUGAGAAUCAAAUUCAUAUAAUAUUAAUCAGACAAACGUUUAAAGCGAUGUCGGGAAAUACUCUUUUAUUACUUGGUAUAAUAAUAAAACGUUAUCUUUGGAUGAUGGUGGAAUUGCUCUACGUAUGUUUUUCGUUUUUGUGAGUGUUUUUUAAACUUUUUGCAUAUCAACGAACUAUAUUACAUACAGAUAUAUUACUAUGAAAAUGUGAAAUGGCAAGAUAUCAAUUUAACAUUUUCGAGAAUAACUCUCGAUCCUAAUAGGGUCAGAACCCCAAUGAAACUGGAAGGUUUCAACAAAUCCCCGAGAAGUUUUUACAACUACACUCUUGUUAUGCAUAGAUCGGAGAUGAAUUUUAGCUUUUAUAAUAGGGAGUUCACAAACCUUGUAUUUAUAACUGAGACAAUCGAUAUGUUUGAUGAAUUGACUUGUGAAUAUUAUUAUGAACAAAAUUAUUUUCCAUACGAGAGAAGAAAAUGCGACGUGAAAAUCACUGUUCCUAACACAAUGAAAAUGACCUCCCAUCCAAACUUCCUAUAUGUGCUGAACCUUACUGAUAUAUCAAAACGGCUCAGGGUACUCGGAAACGUUGAGGCGAAAACUGCGGCGCCUUCACGGCUGAUUCGGCCGUUGGUUUCAGGCAACCAAAUGAUUGACCAAAUAUACAACACUCAUUUUUCCCCGGAACAAUCGAAUCGCCGUCGAUUCUCAUUUUUCAGGGGAAGCCCUUGGGUUUUUGUAUUGCUAUUUAAAUCUAUACACAAUAUUUUUCCACUGUUCAUACUUCCCACCAUGGUAUACAUACUGUCAAUAUGGAAAUCAGAGUCACCCCGCGAAAAUUAUUGUAUUGAAAAAGCGACCGCAACGCACACGCAUCGCGGGUACAGGAGGAAAUUAGAGAUUUUCGCAAAUUCAAAUGUAUUUUUUCGUGGGGUGACUCUGAUUUUUCACAUAUAUGUACAAUACGAUAGUAGUUAUUUUGUGUUUAUAUCUUUCUUUAUAGAUUUGCAUGGCGUUCAGUGUGAUAUCAUUUAUGAUUUCAUCAUCAAUUCUAUCAUUAUAUCUUUUAUUAGCUACUAUCUUUGUACAAAUUAUGCACUAUCUCCAGAUGUUGACAUAUAUUCCAGCAAAACAGUUUUUACCAUUCAAUAUCAAAUUAUAUGUAUUUGUCAUGUCUAUAACAAACAUCUUAAUGAUUUCUCAAUGGAUUUUGCUGAUAAUAUCAAAAUCAAUACAUUAUAUUCCAAAUACUCACAAUUAUUUGAUUAAUUUGGAUGAUAUUGCGGAAAAAUGGAAAAUAAAACGAGGUGGCGGGAUUAGAAAAUUAUAAUUCAAAAAUAGGUACAUUUGCAGAUCACAAUAUGCUGGUUUUGGUUGUAUGUGAGCUCCGGAAAGUGUUUUUUGUAUUCAUCAUUUUGAUUUUUGUCAUUUUUGUGGCUUAUAUUUCUUUCUUCAUAAAAGAACCUCCAGAAAACGAAGUGAUACAUUGAAGACGAUUUAUUGGACCUACGUACAUGUAACUUUUGCAUUUUUGAAUAGUUGUAAUUUUCAAUUUCUAAAUUGUUUUCGUCCAUAAACCUAAUUUCACAAAAUAUAUAAGUUUUUAACAAAUUUAAAAAUAAUUGUUUUUAUAGAGUUUUUGGGGCCAAAAUUGCCACGUGGCAAAUUUUUUCUCGCUCAAUAAACUCCACGAUGACUGCCUAAACUUUGAUUUUUAAAAAAACAGAAACAUUCAAUGUUUCUCUGCGUCUCUCCAUUCGCAGCACUCUCUAAUUCGUAAAAAAAAGUUCCUCUAAAGUGUCUUCAAACUUUAACGAAGUGAAGAUUUCCCUCCUGUGCGAAGCAAAAAUUCAAUUUUUGUUUUGUUUUUCGAUUUUUCUCUUUGUUCAACAUUGAAAAUAGAAUUGUGUAGUUCUUUUUGACGCCAAAAUUUUUUUUUCUUGAAAAAACAUCCUAUUAUUUUUUAUUGGUGGGUGGGAAAUGAGAUUUUCUCGGAAAACCGGGUUUUGAGAGCUCAAGCAGCCGAGUCUAGAAAACCUAGUUGUCAAGGAGCCGCUCUUUGAAGACAAGUGUGGCUAGGCACGGUGCCUUCAGAGCUUCUAUGUCAAGUAGCCGUGCCUAGGAAGAGCAAUUUUCUAGUUUUUUUUCCUCAAAAAAUUUUUUUUGUGCAAAAAAAUGAUUGAAAUUUCCUUCCUUGACCUUUUUAUUUUUUUUUAUUUCUGUGAAAAAACUUUUUUUUCGUACAAAAAUCCAAUUUUCUCACAAGUUCAGUUGAAGUGCACUUUUCGAAAAAAAUCUGAAAAAUUCUGGAAAUUGCUGCUUCUCAUGACAAUUUUGCAUGUGAGCCUCGGAGCACUUUUGGAGCUCAAAAAAGUCGAAAAAAAAUCUCGUGAGCUCAAAGGCAAAGCAAUUAUUCCAAUUUUCCUGGAUUUUUUGUGCUGUGUUUUUUUGGCCAAACAUAUUAUUUUUCAUUUUUUGACCUUUUUUUCCCGAAAAUCCAGAAGAAAAAGUUUUCACAUAAAAAUUUGCACAUUAGAGAUGAAAAUUUUUGAAUUUUAAAUUUUCAAGUAGUUUUUUUUUUGCUCAAAAUUUCUCUUCCAUUUUUUUUUUCAGAUAAGCGUUUGCAAUUCAUCUUAUUCUAGGGUUUUCAUGUACUCUUUUCCGAAAUUUUUCAUGUUUUUUGGAGAAUUCCAAGAGAAAUUAGUUUGCACGGGAUUUCGGGUAACUUCAAAAUUUCGGUCUUGAAAUUUUGAAGAUUCAAAAUUCCAGUGAAAAAACUUUUCCACGUCGAUUUUCAGCUUGAAACUUUCAGCAGCUCAAAAAAAAGUUUUUUUCCGAGUUUGUUUUUUUUUGUGAACACAUACACAUUCACAGAGAAAAAAAUCACAUUUUCCCAAGAAAAAUUAGUUUUUUUUUUCUGUUUUUACACGGCAUUUCACCCAUCUUUCGCUCCAAUAACGAACAUAUGUUUUCGAUCUCGUUUGGCGCCCAAAACCACACUUUUUUUCCCGUUUUUUUUUGUUCGCCAGCUAGAGAAAAUUCACAUUUUUGCUCUGUUUUAUUUGAUUUUUUUUCGCUUUGUUGGAAUUUUUUGGGCUGAAAAUUCUGAAAAUUUUGAACUGAAAAUCUUGAGCUCUGAAAUUUCAAGCUGAGAGUUUUGAAGCUGAGAUUUUUACUCUGAAAAUUUGAAGCUGAAAAUCUUGAGCUCUGGAAUUUCAAGCUAAGAGUUUUGAAGCUGACAUUUUUACUCUGAAAAUUUGAAGCUGAAAAUCUUGAGCUCUGAAAUUUCAGGCUAAAAAUUCCACGUGGCGAUUUGUUGGCUGAAAUUUGAAUUUUCAAAAUUUCAAGAUCAAUUUUUUGGAACCAAAAUUCUGAAAUUCAAAAAAUUUUCCCUAUCCGAUUUUUGGCGCCAAAAUGUUGCACUUUUUUUCGCUCUCCAUUUUUUUCGCUUCUCAAAAAUCCAUGUUCCACUCUAAUCCCACCAAUUGCUCAUUUUACAUGUUCCCAGACAUUUUUGCGAAAUUUUUUGAGAAAAAAAAAUUUUUUUUUCAUAAAAAAAUCUUGUUUUUCUUUUAUUCCCCCCAGAUUUUUUGUCACUUUUUUUUAAAAAAAUCACAAGUUUUCAGUGGAGCACAAAAAAUGAGAUGGCGAUGUUUUUGGUGGAUUUUUUGCGGUGCAAUUUUUGUGGGUGCACAGUAUACUGGGUAUAUGGUGCCGCAGCCGAAUCAGGUAGGGUUUUUUGGCUCCAAAACUCUGAAUCUCAAAUUUUCAGGAUGAUUCUGGAAUUCUGGAAGAACCUGAUGAACCCUUGGCUCGUGGAAAUUUUGUUAAUAAAUAUCGAUCGGUGAGAUUUUUGCUUUGAAAAAAAAUUAAUCUCAGGAUUCUUAACUUCAAAAGUUAAUUCUAGGAAUUCUGGAGACCUGAAAUUAAAUCCAGUAUUCAAAAAUUGAAUUCAGGAUUUUUAACUCGACAAUUUUGAUCCAGGAAAUCCUGAAACCUGAAAUUAAAUUCAGGAUUCAAAAUUCCAAAUUCAAAAUUCCAGAAUCAUCAAAAUCCCCAACGCCCAGACUCCCACGACCCAAAUUACGCGGAAAAUUCAAAUUCCCACGCAGAUUCCUCGAUUUUCAGUCAAGGGUAGGUCUCAACUACGGUAUGUAUCUUUAAAAAUCAAAAAAUGUUCAGAGGCGUCGAUUCUUUUGGGUAACUUUUUUGAAAAAUUAAUUUUUUUUUUGCUUAAAAGCAUGGCAAAAUUUAAUAGCAUGGCUUAUGGAUUUUUAGAGAUUUUCAGCGAAAAUUUCUGAAAUUUUCCAGGGAGACUCGCGAUUUUUUGCAAUUUUUGCGGCGAAUUCAAUACGAUCAUCGACAAGUUCCGGAAAAUGAGAGAGGCGAGGCGACUUUUGUCGAUGUUUCUGUGCUGGUCUCGAAUAUUCGGGCAGUUUCUGAAGUUACUAUGGUGAGAAAAUGGAGAGUUUCAGCGUUUUCAGCGCAAAAUUUCGAUCUAGACACAUUUUACUCGAAAAUUUUAGAAAAAAAUUCAAAUUUCCAGGACUACGCGCUCGAAUUAUUCUACCGUGAAUCGUGGCGAGACCCCAGACUACAGUAUGACCGGAAAUUUUUCAAAAAUAAAACGGUACUCGCGCUUCACGAGAGUUACACUAACUUUCUAUGGUUUCCUGAUACUUUUGUGCCGAAUGCGAUUGCGUCGAAAAAUCCGCAGAGGAAUUCGAUUUCACAUCGAAGUUUGUUGAGGUGAGCAUUUUCAUAUCGAAAUUUUGCGCCGAAAAUCGUGAAAUCACUUAUUUUCAGCAUUUUCAGCAUAACAUUUUAGCCUAGGAAAUUUUUUUUCAAAAAAAAAGUGAAGUUCUGAGUGGGGUUCGAACUCGUGACCUUUAGAUUAAUAAAAAUCAUAAAAUCACUCAUUUUCAGCCAAAAAUAAAAAUUUCAGACUUGAGGAAAAUGGAAAAAUGCUCUACAGUCGUCGAAUUUCACUGGUCUGUGAAUGCAGUGAGUUUCCAGAAUUUCUAAAAUUUCCAAAAAAUGCUGAAAUUUUCAGCCAUGGAUCUCACACUCUUCCCAUUCGACAAACAAUUGUGCAAACUUGGAAUUGAGAGCUGUAAAUUUCCAAAUUUCCAGAAUUUCAGAAAAAAUCUGAAAAUUUUCAGAUGGUUACACAGCAGAUCAUGUGGUUUAUAGAUGGUCAACGGGUACAAGAAAAGCUCUGGAACUUUCGAAAAUUCGAUUGCCUGAUUUUACUAUUCAGGAAGCUUAUGUGACUAGUCAGAUGGAGAGUUAUGCAACAGGUUGGGAAUUUCAGAUUUUUCCAGCUGAAAAUUCGGAUUCAGCGUAAAAUUAGGGUUCGAAAGACACCCACAGAAAAUCAAAAAUCAAUAAUUGUACCUCUAAGCCAAGCCCACUUUUCCAUGCCGCAAUUUUCAGGAAACUACUCUCGUCUCUACGUUUGCUUCGUAUUCUCAAGGUCCUCAGGCUUCUGCUUCCUGCAAUUAAUUAUUCCAUCAACUGCAGUUGUGAUAACUUCAUGGGUUUCGUUGUGGAUGGAAACUGAGACCGAGUUUCAGGUGGGUUAAAGGGAUUUUUGACUGAAAUUACGUGGAUUUUUGGAAUCAGCGUGAAAUUUAGACCCGGAAAACUUUUUUGUGGGAAAAAUUUGAUAAUUUUGAAAAAAAAGUGACCCCCCCCCAGCUUAAAAUUCAGGGGAGGGUCACUUUUUGCCUGAAAACUUCACCCCGGGGUAAUUUUCGGCGCCGAUUUCAUCUAAACCAUUUUCAGGACAUGAUUUCGAUCAUCCUAGCCAUAACCUUCCUAAUUUUCUCCUACAACGAAAUGAUGCCACGUGUCAGUUACAUCAAAGCGAUGGAUAUUUAUUUGGGUGUCUGUUUUAUGAUUGUAUUUUUGUCGCUAAUCAAAUUAGCGCUAGUUAAGUAUAUGCGACAGAAAAUCAUGUUGACGUAAGUGUUUUUUAAAGGGAGGUACAGUACCCUUUAGAUUUUAGGACAGAAAGUGGUCAUAGUUUGGUGCGUUUGGGGACUACACGUCAUCAACGUCGAAAAUCUUCGUCUCUAACUUAUCGAAAUGCGCAUGCCAGUAGGUUUCCAUUGAAAUUUCUUACUUAAAAUCGAUUUUUUCUAGUCCCUACCCCAAACGUUGAAGAAUCCCAACUUAUGCUAAAUGGAAACGCAGAGCCUAAUAAUAAUAUGAGCAAGAAGAAGAAAAAUUCGACAGGGGGAUUUUGGGAAAUUCGGGUAACUCAAGCAACAAUGCAUCGAUUUCAUUGGGUAUCGCAGGUAAUACUUAACAUAAGCCUUAGAUCAGCCUAAGCCUAAGCCUUUCAGAUGAUGUUCUUCUUCGGCUUUGUCAUUUUUUGUCUAUUCUACUUUUUGAUCUACCCAAAUCUACAUAUUGUUAGUGUUGAUCCGGCUUGUGAUAAAUCUCUAGCUGAAUGGUUUGCUGAAAUUUCAUAA